AACACACUCCUUCGGUAUCGCUGGUGACUGCUCCCUACCUUCUCUGCCAGUCUCCCACAGACACCAUUGUGUUUUUAUGGGUUGAAGCGUCUGUCUUUUUCUGCCAUUGGGACUCAGAGAGAGGGGGCCCUUUAGCAAGACACAAGCACGUGAUUGGCUCUCAAAUUCUUUCCCUCACACUUUGCUCGCUCUCUUUCAAACACACUCAAGCGCCACCGUCUUCAAAACCACCAUCGUCGACUCACCACACCAAAACCAACAAACAACACAAACGACGCAAACCCCACAGGGUGUUGUAGACAUAAACCCGGCCACUUUGCCCACAAUGUCAAUACCAGCAACAAACCCGACCUACUACGAGAUCCUGAAUCUCUCCCCCUCGGCCCUCACCUCCCUAGACGAGCCAGCCGCAGCGUCCCUCAUCAAGCGCGCCUACCGCCGCGCCCUGCUCCGCCACCACCCAGACAAGAAAUCUUCCACUUCAUCAUCACCAUCAUCAUUACCUUCUUCAUCACCAGCUUCUGCACCAGGAUACACAAUCGACCAGAUCUCCACCGCCUACGCGACCCUCUCCCGCCCGGCCCUCCGCCAAGCCUACGACCGCUCCCUGCUCGUGCUCCAGUCCCAGCGCCACCGCCCAUCCUCCCUAGCACCAUCGUCGGCGACGGAAUCGCCGGGGGGCGGCGGCGGCGGCGGCGGAGCGGCGGAUUUCCAGACGGGCAUCGAAACCGUCGACCUAGACGACCUCGACUACGAGGAGAAAGGUCGGGGCAGGGACAGCGAGACGACGUGGUACCGCUCGUGCCGGUGCGGGAAUCCGAGGGGUUAUCAGUUCGGCGAGGCCGACCUGGAGGAUGCCGCCGACCUCGGGGAGUUGAUGGUUGGCUGCGCGGACUGCAGUCUGUGGCUGAGGGUUUGUUUUGCCGUUCUCGAUGACGACGACGAUGGCCAAGAUGAGAAGGGGGGUGAGAAAAGGGAGCAGCAUGCUGGGAAAGGGAGUGGAGAUGGGAUGAAGCCAGUGCUGCUGAACAGUGGAGAAGUUGCGGCUUGACGAAAGAAGACCCGGGCGGUAGAACCACAGGGGCCUCCUCAUUCAUCAUCUACUUCAUAACAUCCU